AUGAGCGUCCCUUCUCCCAAGAAGAAAAACGGCGGCAUUGUUCCCCCUCCUCCUCCUCCGAGACAGAUCCGCUUUGUCGCAACCGACGGCCAACCGCAAACCAAACGCCGUCGAGUCAACGCCGCUUGUCUAACAUGCCGUCGGCGCAAGAUCCGAUGUUCCGGUGAACAACCAGUGUGCAAAACAUGCUCCGACUACAAACACAUCUGCCUCGGCUACAGCGAAUCCACCGCCCACCUACGAUCGCAAUCGGAUUCCGCGUCCCGCGCACCCCCCAUAGCCGCCGCCCUUCGCGCGCAACAUGAUCCGAACAGUCAGCAUGCCACGCGUGCCGUCGAAAGCAGCUCCCCAGAUCCUGCACCGAUAUUCAUGCCUCCACUGACCAUUGACAAGUCACCCCGGGCAUCGAAUAAAACGGAACUGAAGGACCUGUCCAGAGAUACAUCGCUGCGCACAAACAAGGAGUCGGAUUCGCAAGCGGCGGAAGACAGUCCAGAGAGCAGUCGCACUUCGAUGAGCUCCAGCAAUCGCACUCAUGUCCCUUAUUUUCGAUAUUUCGGGCCUACCGCCAUUGUCCCCGGUUUCAAACAGAUGGUGGUCCAAGUUCGGGGUUCCCGCAAGAGCAAUGCAUCGUUGUCCUCCGAGUCCCUUUCGCCUUUGCGGAGCCCUAAAGUGUUGGAUACAGGAGUAGCACCUGUCGCUGGUGUAACAGACACUGGUGAAAACCGCGAUGCCAAUACGAUCCCAUUUUACGACAGUGAUGAUGCCCUUCCUGUCUCAAAUCUGGUCUCCCAUCUCUGUGAUCUUUUCUUCGCUCAUCUUGGCUGUAACUUCCCCUUCCUACAACGGGAGAGGUUCCUCCAAGACCUCAAAGACAAGAAAGUCGAUACUAUGCUGGUGGAUGCAGUCUGUUCCUUGGCUGCCCGAUUUUCGCCUCAUCCAUUACUCGGUCCUCCGCAAGCUCAACCUAUUGAUCGAUCUCAGCCGCCACCUGAUAUCAACAAAUGGGACCGCGGUCAACCCUUUGCCCACCGAGCGAUGAGCGCACUCGUGGAUUCUUUGUCAUGCCCAACACUGUCUGCCGUUCAAUCGUGCUUGCUGCUGGCUUAUGAACAGUUCGGUUCCAACCAUGACAGUGGCCUGUGGAUGUAUCUGGGUAUCUCAAUCCGGAUGGCGCAAGAUCUAGGCUUGCAAAAGUUCCAAGGAUUGAAGCACAAAUAUGGCUUGAGCGGCGUGACACCAAGCGAAGUUAUGACGGGACAGGUGGGAAAACUGAGAGAAGAUCAGUACGAUGACUUCGAGGCUUCUCAAAAGGCAGCAACGAGGCCUCCUCCGGUGGAUACAGAGCGCGCCAGAGAGCGGGAACGAGUGGACUCCUUUUGGAGCAUUUUCUUCCUCGAUCGAGUCAUCUCUUCGGGGACUGGACGACCCGUAACGCUACGAGACGAGGAUAUUGAGUUACGCUUUCCCUUGCAGUCCGAAUCACAGCUUCCAAACGGAUGGCCAGCACCAUUUCCACCCUUGAUCCGUAUAAUCCAUCUCUACGGGCGAGUGACGGAUCUCAUCAACGGUAUUCAGGAUGUCAAUCACGUUACAUCGGACACGCUCAAAAGACUAGCCGGGAUGGAAAGUGAUUUGACUGGCAUCUAUCAGCGUCUGUCGCCGAAGCUUCAUUUCAAUGCAGCCAACUUCCAAGCGUACGUCAAGGCGAAAGAGGGAACUAACUUUAUUCUUCUGCACUUUUGGUUCCAUACCCUCAUUGUUCUCCUUCACCAGCCGACCUUGUUGAACUCGUUUGGUGGGUCUAUCCAGCACCUGUAUCCAAAUAGUCGCGAGCUGUCGAUGUCUUCCGCCAAAACCAUUGCCGAUAUCCUGUCCUUUUCGGAAUUAGUGGAUGGAAAAAGUUUCAUUGGCAAUCCUUUCACCAGUCAGCCCAUGUACAUUGCAGCGUGCGCUUUUCUCAUGGAGAGUGCCUAUUACUCGUCACCUUCCUCAAGAUCGGGCUCACCGCCGCCCCAACCGUUGCUGGCAAACCAGUCCAGUGGCUUUGUCAUGCCAACCAUGGAGUCGUCGUCAAAUGGGACGGAACGCAAAUCCACAGCCAAGCACAUUUUGCUGGCCUCUGCUGCCAAGGAGAACUACCAACGGUGCUACAAGGCGCUCAAGGCUUUGAACACCUAUUGGGAGGGUACCCGGUACAUCUUGACUGUCCUCGACCAAAAGGCCAAAGGCAGCGUUGACCCCCUCCUUUACACGGCCGAGGAUAUGGAGAACGCCUCGGAGGAUGGUCUUGUCCAGCCGUUACCUCCGACUAGCUGGCGCCGGGCCAAGACCCCCGGGGACGCCGGAGUGGCUGACAUUUCGACUGAUGGGACGUGGUCCCCGAAGAUCGAUCCCAGUCAGGGUAAGCACAAGGAUGCCUUGGUUUCUGGAUGUCCCGCUGACUCUUUACAAGCAAUUGGAUGGGCCCUCACGGGAGCCACGAAUUCUUCCCAACCCAAUCUGAGUGUGCUGUAUCAGAUGCCUAACACCCAGGGCGAGUCUCCAUCCAACAAGCCAACAUUCUCAUCGCAAUACAGCCACACCUAUCCACCAUUGCCAGUGCAGUCACAUGCUGGGGAAGGAUCGAGCACCUCCUAUUCACAGACUAUUACCCCUGGCACUCAAGACGAAGUCAGGACACCCCUUUCCUCCGCAAAUGCAAAGUACACCCAAGUUCCAUCCGGGUCGAUGAACACCCCCGACUCGACAUACUACCUCGGCAUGAAUCAAUCCUACCCGGAAUCAGGCUCUCGCACGUCCGCCGCAACACAGUCACCCUACAACCAGCCUCUACCAUCCUCUAGCCAGACACCAGCCUAUAAUUACCCACUGCCUUCAGCCGCCAGCCAACAACCAGGCAGUAGCCACAUGGGAUCAAGAGGAACCGAACUCCACCAUCCAAACAUGAGCUCGCACGCGGGAGGCAUGAUGAUCGAAAGCCACGACGUGGACGUCAACGCCCUCCAACACCCUGACGCCUUCCCUUUCUCCAACGGCGAAAUCCUGCCGUGGCUCGAGUACCUGCCGCAGGACGUGCUCAGCUUUUUCGAGGAGCACCAAAACUACCCAAUGAUGAGCCCCGAUAAUCCCACGCCCCGGAACGCUCCAUGA